AUGCCUCUUCAAUCUCUUUCGGCAGGUCGGAUUCUCAUGAUUCUGGGCAAUCUCUCUUAUUCCUUGGGCGCCUUCCUGGCAGACUACAACGAGACACACGUGCUGAAUCCAAGAUGGCCGCCUCACGCAAAGUUCCAUAACGGUCAGACCAUGUCCUUGGGCCUCUGUCUUGCUGCAAUGUCAUUGUAUCUUGCCUUCCGUCCUGAGGCCAGGCCAAGCCAGGUCAGAGACAAUUUGUUCAAUGCCGCUCUCCUUGGUAGCUUCUACUGCGGAGCCGGACUGUGUGCAAUCCUCUACCCAGGAACUGCCUGGCAAGAGUAA